AUGAUGCUGCCGCUUGUACUGUACGACAUCCUCUCCGAGCUACCAGGCAAUAACUGGUCAGCCAACCCCGCAAAGCCGAGUCUUCUGCGCCCCAGGUUCGUUUUGAGCUACAAGGAACUUCCAUUCGUGACCAUCUGGGUCGAAUACUCGGAUAUCUCCAUCGCUAUGAAGUCCAUCGGUGCAAAGCCAAGCAAACGCCGAAAUGGCUCGGACGAUCCCAACACUGGAUUCGUCGUCGCCGACUCGCUGGCGAUCGCUGAGUACCUGGAUAAGACCUAUCCAGAGAAGCCGGUCAUACCACGCGGCGCCAACGUUCUUAUAGGGUUAUUCGAGCCUGCAUAUUGCAGCGUUGCCUACGGAAAAGCACGCUUGGAACUGCUCGGUGAAACGCGCUGGGAGGCCGUGUCAGAAGCGAACGUAGAGCAGCAGUGGGAAGACUUGAAGAAGGGUCUUGAUGAGAUCGAUAAAUGGUACCAGAAAAGUGGCGGGAAGUGGAUUAUGGGGGAUACCUUCUCGUUCGCGGAUAUGGUGGUGGCUUGCAGAACGAUGUGGUGGAAUAAAAUCUUCGACGAAGAACAACUCCGGGAACUCCAUUCUUGGAAUGGCGGACGAUGGGCGCGUGUCUUGGCAGACGUGAAUGCAGAGUGCAGUACAGAUCUGUGA